AUGAAGACCUCUAUGAACCCCAUCGUUGCCUCGCUCGGGCUGGCCAUCGCCCGUGGCGUCGCGAAUGCCGCUCCGUCGGUCUACGCCUCCAACCACACUGCCGGUCCCGAGUUGAAGCACUGGCCGGCCGAGGCGGCCAAAGCCCUCAACACCAUGAUCGCGGCCAACGCCAACCAGAGCCAAUACGCCGUCUUUGAUAUGGACAACACCAGCUACCGCUACGAUCUCGAGGAGUCGCUACUGCCGUACCUCGAGAGCAUUGGUGUCCUCACUCGUGACACCAUGGACCCGAUCCUGAAGCUCAUCCCGUUCAAAGACACGGCAAACCACACCGAGACGUUGUACAGCUACUACCUCCGUCUGUGCGACAUCGACGAUAAUGUUUGCUACCCGUGGGCUGCCCAGAUCUGGAGCGAUAUUCCCUUGAGGGAGCUGAAGGGGCACGUGGACGAUCUCAUGGCCCUGAACCGUACCAUCCCGACCACGUACUAUGAGGGCGACGUUAUCACCCCUACCGAGAUCAACCCUCCCAAGAUCUUUACCGGCCAGGUUGAGCUCUACAACAAGCUGAUGAAUAACGGCAUCGAGGUCUACGUCAUCACCGCCUCUGCUGAAGAGCUGGUCCGAAUGGUCGCUGCUGACCCUAAUUACGGCUACAACGUCAAGCCUGAGAACAUCAUCGGUGUCACCAGCCUCAUGAAAAACCUGACCUCCGGGGACCUCACUACUAGCCGCAAGCAGAUCGAUGACGGCACCUACGACGAGGAGGCCAACCUCGACCUCGUGAUCACUCCCUACCUCUGGACUCCUGCUACCUGGAAGCAGGGCAAGUGGGCGGCUAUCCUCACUUACAUCAACGAGUGGCAGGGACCUAUCCUGGCUGGUGGUGAUACCCCUGCCAGUGACGGCCCCAUGAUCUUCCACGGCGUCAACGUUGCCAAGGGCGGUAUUCACCUCUGGAUCAACCGCAAAGACAGCGUCAUGGCGACCAUGAACGAGAUGAUUGUGAACAACACUGCUGCCCAGAAGGCGAACAACCUUCCCGUCACCGCGGACAAGAACUGGGUUAUUGUUACUCCCACCGAGAUUCAGUAA